AUGGGGACGUUCUGGCUGGUCUACUUCUAUGAUCAGUAUAUUGUGAACAAUGAUGGCUGUGCAUGCAUGGAACAAAGAUUUUCAACAAAGCCAGUGAAUGUUACUGGAAGGACUGAAUUUAUCCUCUUGGGUUUAGCUGACCAUCCAGACCUGCAAGUUCUGUUGUUCACUGUUUUUCUAUCACUUUACAUAAUUACGCUGGUGGGAAACACGCUCAUUUUCAUCACAAUCAUGACAGAUCCUUUACUUCGCACACCAAUGUAUUUCUUUCUCAAAGUUUUGUCUUUCCUGGAUAUUUGCUACUCUUCUGUCACCCUUCCUAAAAUGCUAACAAAUUCCUUAUCAGAGGACAAGAGAAUUUCCUACAUUGGCUGUGCUACACAAAUGUUCUUCUUGCUAUUUUUAGGGGCUUCAGAAUGCUUCCUCCUAGUGGCCAUGGCUUAUGACCGUUAUGUGGCUAUAUGCAAACCCCUGAGGUACAGGUCCAUCAUGAAUGAUACUGUUUGUCUUUCAUUGACAGUCCUCUCAUGGUUGAUUGGCAACUCUGUGUCUUUGGUUCAGACAGCCUGGGUGUUCACCCUGCCAUUCUGCGAGUCAAAUGAGAUUGAUUAUUUUUUCUGUGAUAUCCCACCACUAAUUAAACUUUCAUGCACUGAGACUUCUUCAUAUGAGAGGCAGCUCUUUACAGCUACCAUCAUGGUUAUUUGCAUCCCGUUUUCUUUCAUCUUUGGGUCAUACUUCCUAAUCAUUUUCAACAUCCUAAAAAUGAAAUCAUCGGAGGGACGUCGGAAAGCCUUCUCCACCUGUUCUUCUCACCUCAUGGUGGUUACUUUAUUCUUUGGGAGUGGUAGCUUGAUUUAUCUAAGGCCAAAAUCUAUUCAAGGGCAGGAUAGUAACAAACUUUUAGCUUUAAUAUAUACUGCCAUCACACCUAUGCUGAAUCCUAUUAUCUACAGUCUAAGGAACAAGGAAAUCAAUGAAGCAAUUAAGAGGAUGGCUAGAGAGGUCAUGAACAGAAUAUUUUUUCGGUAG